AUGUCCCAGGUAACGGCGCCCGGGCCCGGGCCGCCGGCGGCGGCGGCGGGCGGGAAGGAGAAGCGCUCCUUCAGCAAGCGGCUGUUCCGGAGCGGCCGCGCGGGCGGCAGCGGCGGCGCCGGGGGCCCCGGGCCGGCCGCGCCCUCCUCGCCCUCGUCGGCGCGCUCGGUGGGCAGCUUCAUGAGCCGCGUCCUCAAGACGCUGUCCACGCUCUCGCACCUUAGCUCCGAGGGCGCCGCCCCAGACCGCGGCGGCCUCCGCAGCUGCUUCCCGCCCGGGCCGGCCGCCGCGCCCACGCCGCCACCGCCGUGCCCGCCGCCGCCCGCCUCGCCCGCUCCGCCCGCCUGCGCCGCGGAGCCGGUGCCCGGGGUGGCGGGGCUCCGGAACCACGGCAACACGUGCUUCAUGAACGCCACGCUGCAGUGUCUCAGCAACACGGAGCUCUUCGCCGAGUACCUGGCGCUCGGCCAGUACCGGGCGGGGCGGCCCGAGCCCUCGCCUGACCCCGAGCAGCCCGCGGGCCGCGGCGCGCAGGGCCAGGGCGAGGUCACCGAGCAGCUGGCCCACCUGGUGCGGGCCCUCUGGACCUUGGAGUACACUCCGCAGCACAGCCGCGACUUCAAGAGUAUUGUGUCAAAGAAUGCACUGCAGUAUCGGGGAAAUUCCCAGCACGAUGCCCAGGAGUUUCUGCUGUGGCUUUUGGACCGGGUUCACGAAGACCUCAAUCAUGCUGUGAAGCAGGGUGGCCAGCCUCCUCUGAAGCCACCAUCAGAAACUGAUAUGAUGCCUGAGGGACCAUCUUUUCCUGUCUGUAGCACUUUUGUACAAGAACUUUUUCAAGCCCAAUACAGAUCUUCUUUGACGUGUCCUCAUUGUCAGAAGCAGAGCAACACUUUUGAUCCUUUCCUCUGCAUUUCUUUGCCAAUUCCUCUACCCCACACAAGGCCCCUCUAUGUCACCGUAGUGUAUCAGGGGAAGUGCUCUCACUGCAUGCGGGUUGGCGUGGCUGUGCCUCUGUCUGGGACUGUCGCCAGACUUCGGGAAGCAGUGUCCGUGGAAACAAAGAUCCCCACUGAUCAGAUUGUGUUAACAGAAAUGUACUAUGAUGGGUUCCAUCGUUCCUUUUGUGACACAGACGACCUGGAAACAGUCCAUGAAAGUGACUGCAUUUUUGCCUUUGAGACUCCAGAAAUAUUUAGGCCUGAAGGAAUUCUCAGUCAAAGAGGAAUUCACUUAAACAACAACCUAAACCACUUGAAGUUUGGCUUGGAUCAUUAUAGACUGUCUUCUCCUACACAAGCAGCAGCAAAGCAGGGGAAGGCGGACUUGCCGCCCUCACGAGCAGGAAGCGACAAGAUCGUUCUGUUGGUGUGUAACCGAGCCUGCACUGGGCAGCAAGGGAGAAGAUUUGGACUACCUUUUGUGCUGCACUUAGAGAAGACAAUAGCAUGGGACCUUCUGCAGAAGGAAAUCUUGGAGAAGAUGAAGUACUUCUUGAGGCCCACAGUUUGCAUUCAGGUGUGUCCAUUCAGUUUGCGUGUGGUCAGUGUUGUGGGAAUAACGUACUUGCUGCCCCAGGAGGAGCAGCCUCUGUGCCACCCGACAGUAGAAAGGGCACUGAAAUCUUGUGGACCAGGCGGUACUGCUCAUGUGAAGUUAGUAGUAGAAUGGGACAAGGAGACAAAAGAUUUCUUGUUUGUAAAUACUGAAGAUGAGUAUAUCCCUGAUGCAGAAAGUGUCCGGCUGCAGAGGGAGCGUCACCAUCAGCCUCAAACUUGCACUUUAUCCCAGUGUUUCCAACUCUACACCAAAGAGGAGCGGCUCGCCCCUGACGACGCCUGGCGGUGCCCGCACUGUAAGCAGCUGCAGCAGGGCAGCAUUACGUUGAGCCUCUGGACUCUGCCUGACGUGCUGAUCAUACAUCUGAAGAGGUUUCGACAGGAAGGAGACAAGCGUAUGAAACUUCAGAACAUGGUCAAGUUCCCUUUGACUGGCCUGGACAUGACACCUCACGUGGUUAAGCGAAGCCAGAGCAGCUGGAGCCUGCCAUCCCACUGGUCUCCAUGGAGACGGCCCUACGGACUCGGGCGGGACCCUGAGGACUACAUCUAUGACCUGUAUGCCGUGUGCAAUCAUCAUGGCACCAUGCAAGGGGGGCACUACACAGGCCACAACAUAUCAGAGACAUGUUGGAAACGAAAAACAAUCUCAGCCUCUGUCUUCCGAGAAUCGUUCUGCAAGAACUCCGUGGACGGCCUCUGGUACUGCUUCGACGACAGCGACGUGCAGCAGCUAUCGGAAGAUGAGGUCUGCACGCAGACGGCGUACAUCCUCUUCUACCAGAGGCGGACGGCUAUACCAUCGUGGUCGGCCAACAGCUCGGUGGCGGGCUCCACGAGCUCCUCCUUGUGUGAACACUGGGUGAGCCGGCUCCCAGGGAGCAAGCAAGCCAGCGUGACCUCUGCGGCUUCCUCCAGACGCACUUCCCUGGCCUCGCUGUCCGAGUCCGUGGAGAUGACGGGGGAGAGGAGUGAAGACGACGGAGGCUUCUCAACUCGUCCGUUUGUGAGAAGUGUCCAGCGCCAGAGCUUGUCAUCCAGACCGUCUGUCACCAGCCCCUUGGCCGUCAAUGAAAGUUGCAUCCGGCCUUCCUGGUCCCUGUCUGCCAAGCUGCAAAUGCGCUCCAGUUCCCCUUCCCGCUUCUCAGGGGACUCUCCAAUUCACACCUCUGCGUCCACCCUGGAGAAGAUCGGGGAGGCCGUGGAUGACAAGGUCUCCAUCUCCUGCUUCGGUAGCUUGAGGAACCUGUCCAGCAGCCACCAGGACUCGAGCGACAGUCACAGUCGGCGGGAGCACAAGGCUGUGGGUCGGGCCCCUCUGGCCGUCAUGGAAGGUGUGUUCAGAGACGAGUCGGACUCCCGCAAGUUGAACUCCAGUGUGGCGGACGCCCAGAGCAGAAGCUCGGCACAUGGGGACCACUUGCCCCCCGUCUCUGAUCCAUUUGAUAACAAUAACCAGAUUGCUUACGUGGACCAGAGUGAUUCUGUAGACAGCUCUCCAGUCAAAGAGGUGAAACCCCCAAGCCACCCAGGUUCCCUUGCAAAGAAACCAGAGAGCACAACCAAGAGAGCCCCCAGCACCAGAGGCACUCCUGAGCCAGAGAGAAGCUUGCGCAAGGGGAGACCAGCCUUGGCCAGCCAGGAGUCCUCUCUUUCCAGUACGUCCCCUUCUUCUCCCGUUCCCGUGAAAGUGUCCGGAAAGCCCUCCCGCUCCCGAAGCAAAGCCGAUUCUUCCUCCAGGGCCAGCGGACGGCAUUCUUCCCCUGCCCCCGCCCCAAAGAAGGAGUCCUCCCCCAAAUCCCACGAGUCCGUGUCGUCCCCUUCGCUCCAGAAGCAGAAGUCGGCCUCUUCCCUCGCUUACACUGCUUCCUCCACAUCUGCCAAGAAAGCCUCAGGCCCCGCCCCAAGGGGCCCCUUCCCUCCUGGGAAGAGCAGGACUUCAGACAGGAGCUUAAGCCGAGAGGGUUCCAGACACAGCCUGGUUUCCGACAGGGCCAGCGUCACCUCCAGCUCCAAACCCAACUCCCCGCGUGUGAGCCAGGCCAGGGCCGGGGACGGCCGGGCGGACGGCAAGCACGUGCGGAGCUCCUCCAUGGCCAGCCUGCGCUCCCCCAGCAUGAGUGUGAAGGCCGGUCUGAAGAGGGACAGCAAGUCCGAGGACAAGGGGCUGUCCUUCUUCAAGUCGGCCUUGAGACAGAAGGAGACCCGGCGGUCGACAGAUCUGGGCAAGACCACCUUGCUGUCCAAGAAGCCAGGCGGGGGCUCCGUCAAGUCGGUGUGUAAGAGCACAGUGGAUGACAAGGCAGAGAAGGGCUCCCAGGUGCCAGGCACCCAGCAGCCAAAUGCCAGUGCGGUUGGGAAAGAGCCGCUUGCCUCCAAGGACCCCGCUUCUGCUAAACAUUCCCUGCUGUCCGCUCGCAAGUCCAAGACUUCCCAGCUCGAUUCCAUGGCACCCUCGUCUCCUGGGUGCAGGCAGUCUGCUGAGAAAUCCUCCAAAAAGUUACCUUCUAGCAUGCAAACCUCUGCACGGCCUUCUCAGAAACCUCAGUGAUACUCCUGCAGUCCCAAGUGUUUUAUCUGUAAAGAUGGUAAUUUAUUUAGAACCCCUUCCCUCCCACCAAAGCCCUUUAUGCUUCUGUUUUGUAUUUUUUUGGGGUCACGUGCCUGCCGUGUGUGUGUGUGUGUGUGUGUGUGUGUGUGUGUGUGUGUGUAUGUGAGCGCGUGUGUGUGUAUGUGGAGAAUUCAAUUGCAAAUUGUUAAAAGCGUCGCCUUAUUCUGCCAUUGAACCAAAUAACAGCCAUAGGCAAAGCAUUGACACCAAGCUAACUGAAAUAAUUAUAGACGAUACCCUGGACGGUCCCUUUAGCAACUGUACAUACUUCUUUCUAGAGAACUCAGUGACUCUCAUUGGACACUGAAGAUUUGAAACCUGUGAAACCAGUUAAGCUAUCACUAAUGUGCUCUGUAGAAAAAUGAAUUACUUGACUUGGGUUUUAUCUGAGCGGAAUUUGUCGUCGACUGUGGAUUGUCAUCUGGCACCAGGAACUCUUAUAAACUGUGACGCUAACAGUGAAACAGACCGAGGGAAGAACUGUCGCUUUCUGCACUUUGGCCCCAUCUUACCCGUCUUUGUCAAGGGCGAUAUUUUAACACUAAUGUUUCUCAGGUAUAUUCUCAGCGAGUGGAGGACGGUUGCGCAUCUGUGAAAGGAUCAAAGAAGAAGGUGGCCUGUGGGUGGCUCUUAUUUCUCCUCCUGCCACAGAGAGAAGUUUUUAGAGGUAGAAAUGAAGUCUUUCACCACCUUCCUAUCUGCAAAGACGUGCGUUGCCAGAAGCUGUCUUGACCUGUGGGAUGUGUCCUAAGAGAUGGCAAGUCGGAUAGCCAGAAAGCCAGUCACUAGUAGUUAAAUUAUUUUUUUUUUCCCUUGUAAAUUUGCUCACUAAGGUCAUUAGGGUUUUGAAAUGGACUAGAGAAGAUUCCUGGAAAAAAAGAAAUGAAUUCUAGACUGGAUGCAUAAAUCUGUGCCAUUUCCUUCUCUGGUGUUGCUUUUUUUUCUAUGUUAGAAAUUGAAAGCUCCAUGCUGCCCCGAGUACGCACACCCGUGUUUCCUCAUCUUGUAACUUGGAGAGGAAAGAAGCUGCCUGAUGCCAGCAGCCAGUGAUGGUAUUUUCGAGCGAUGUGUGACAGUGUCACGUGCACACUUGGGUCCUGCCUGUCAGGCCUCGUUGUGAUUGUUUUUCAGGAAUGCAUUUAUUUCUUCUUUGUGCUGAAGAUUUAAUCCCUAACCCAGAAACUCACAAGCAGGAUGGAGCCUGUUUCAUCUGGCAUUGUCAGUGAAAAUUUGUGUUUCUUGUUUCGAGUAAAAGGGAACCUCAAGAAAUUCACAGAUAAGCAAGAUAUGUAUAUAGAUUAUUUCAAGCUUUUAGGAGGUGUUCUGGGAUUUUUAGGUUUUUUUUUUUUCCAUUUUUUAAAAUGUCAAAGAUAGUCAUGGUUCUGAUUCUCUUUGAAUAGCAUUUGUCACUUUGCUGUGAAAUAUAGCAUGCUAAGUUUAUAUGCUUUUACAUAUUAACUUUUUUUUUUUUAAGUCAUGGACUCUUCAGGUUCUUCCUGAACACCUUGUACACAGAUCCAUUUAUAUAGUCUCCCUUUUCAGUAUUGCUGUGUGUGAAGUAACUAGAACAUACAUUACAUGCAUAGCUAUGAAUUCUGAGCUGCCCUGUUUUUCUUUUUUUCCCCUUUCUUUUCUAUGAAUACCUCUAGGGAACUGCCUCUAGUAGGUUACUUUAUUUUGCUGCUAAUUGGAGCACUAGCAGGUUAACUUGCAAGUCUGGAGGCCAUGUGUGUUGAGGGUAAGCUGGAAUUUUAGACCCCUGCGACGUUUAAGACAACACACGGGCCUUGUGAGACUUAAUGCUAGUGCUCCGUGAAAUCCACUUACUCUGAGCCUCUUGUGCUUGAUCCUAACUCUCCCACUCUGCCAGGAGUCUUCAUCUCACCGUGCAGGCGUCUGGCUCCCCAGAGCGGCCUCACUCUCCGCUGCCGGGCUGACUGCCUUCCGUCUUGAUCUUGUUGCUCCGAGCAGCACAUUGACAGCUCCAUCAGUAUUUAGCCACCGUGAGUUUUCCUGUAUCACUUCUAUUUCCUUAAAAGAUUGCACCAGGGGGUUGUCAAUAUUUGGAAUUGAGUGUUUGUCUAAUUAGAACCUCUCAUCUUUCUUUAAUAGGUAAAUCUCAUUUGAAAUCUUUUUAUCUGAAGCUCUGAAACAGUCUUAGAAUCAUAGUUGGACUACUCAUUGUUUUAAUAACACUUUUUUGGGGGGUGGGGAAUAUAAACAGUUAAGCAUUAAUAGAAUGUAAUUUUAUUUUCCCAGUGGUAAAUAUUUUUAUUCCGGAGUUCUCCAAGAAUGGAUUUUCUGUUGUGUUUAGUGUCUUUAUAAUAAAAAAAAAACACCCAAAUCUAUGAAAACUAUUAAAGUUCCAUGGGAUCUAGAAAUAAACUUUGCAUAUCUAUAAACUGUAUGUCUAUGGAAUUUAGUUCCUGUUUCAGAUUUAAAUGGUAAAAAAAUCAGGAAAUAUUAUGGCACUGUCUAGGCAUCUUGGUAAGCAAUGAAAAUUUCAUCCUUAAUUAUUAGGUUGCAACCUAAGCCACAGAAAAAGAAUAUUUUGCCCAAAAGUUUGGAGAUGCUCUUUUUGGUGUGAAGUAUCUUACAGAAAAAUUAUACUUGGUUCAGUUUGGUUCUCUGGUAGAGUUAGGGACUUGGUGUUCUGUUUUCUCUCUUAGUGAUGUUUGGCACGAUGAUGUGUUUUGGGGUUAAAAAUCAUCUGCUGAAGAUGGUAGACCUGGGUUCCUAGUUGACAACCAGGUGGGCCUGAUUAGAGCAGUCAUAUUUCCUGAUAGGCACAAAAUAAUCACCAAUAGUAGUGUUGCACCUGUAAUGUUUGUUUGCUUUUUAAAACCUUUAUUCUUGAUUUCUUGUCCUGUGAACAUUGAAUGCACUGAGUCUUCAUCAUUCCUUCCGACAGCCCUGCACCUUGCCUUUGUAACCCCUAAUGUAAUGUGGAAGCACAAAGAAACUUAAUCUCGUGACACCUCAAGGCUGUCUCCCACCUUUUUUGUGUAUUUUCUCAUCCUGAAAGCAGCCUAACUGAAAGUAAGGAAUGCUCCACUGGACCAAUAGAAAUGGGUGUGGGAGUGUUUGUGGUAUAGCAAAAUACUCUUAUUGUCUAUGAGGCUGCCCUGACCUCUUCUGUAAUCCUUCUUUCAUCAUUCACUCUGCAAACAUUUGUUGAGGGCCUGCUUUGCUUGUAAAGGCAAGCUGAGAGCUUCGGGAGUUUGCUGUAGCUGAGGAGCCCUGGGAGCACAGCUGAUGAGUCAGGGGUGCCAGUGACGUCCUAGACGGGGCGACAGUCCUCCCAAGCAGAAAGAUCAAGUGGAUCCUGGUGAUCGGCUGAGGCUUGUGGGCCUCUUGAACAAGUCUGUUCUGUUCUGGAAACCAAAAGUGCCCUUCUUCAUCUUUGGAGACAUUUACUGUCACAUCCUCUGUUUCAGACUGUGCUGUCUCUACUGCUUAGAGGUUGGAAAUCCGAUCCGAAGUCACUCUUCAUUAGAAUUUGGUCAUCUGCAUUUGUGUGAGGUGGAUGUGGGGAUUUCUGUGGGUGGGUGGGGAGAAAAAUGGUCAUCCCUCUGAAAUAACCUAUCAUGAAGAAAACAGGACAGAAACAGGUGACAGCCUUUACGAAAAAAGGAACAGUAGAGGUGUGAACAAGGCUCAUUUGUGUCAAAUAAAGAUGUUUUAAAAAGUAGAUUGACAUCCGACAUUAAAUUUCGUUCUGACAAAUUUCUGAGCAGCUGGAGAUGCUGCUUUCCUGUGUAGGUUAUAAUAAUUAUUGAUGCAAAGAUUAGUAGUGUUUCCGGGUUGGAUUUCUGAGAUAGUAUGUAAAUCACAAGCACAGCUUCAAUAAAAACACAUAUUCUGUGAGGCGCACUGAACUUUGUAUUACUUGGAAUUGAGAAGAGCUAAAGUUGCUGACAAACCAGUGCCUAUAUCAUAAACAUAAACACAAAAAAUAGCUGUGACUGUGCAGGCUGUAUGUCUUCAGUUUCUUAAAGAGUAAUUUUAUUGCUAACUCCAUAUUUGGGGGGGGAUCCCAUGCUUUUAUUUAAAUGAACAGUCAGUCCAUACUGCCUUUUGAUCAACUCUCAAAGUGUUUUUGCAUCUGCACUUUGAGCAUGACCAAAUCAUUUUUUCCCCCCAAGUAAUGGAAAUAAUUUUGCAUGGCCUCCAUCUAACCCAGAAAGCAUGCUCUUACUACCUAUGCAAGCAACUAAGAAAAAAUGCAGACUACUUACACUCAAUGUAAGUUUGAAAAAAAAAAAGACAUCUCUUAGAUUAUGGAGCUCUAUUUUUGAAUUUGUAAUUCUGUAAUCAGUAUUGAAAAGCAUGAAUGUGAUGUUUUGCUUUGCAUGUGUUUCUCUUUGCUGAUUUUUUUUUUUUUUUAAUCAUUGGCAAGAUUGUGUGUAAAAUAAGUAUUUUACAAGCAGGAGUGGAAAUGGGUGUGUUGAACACACAGUGGUUUAUAUACUGUAUUUAGCCAGAAGACUUUCCUAAAGUAUUUUGUUCUAAAAAUAACCUGCCAUUUUCUAUAGAUCUUAAUUUUUUAUAUCUUCUAGGGUUCUAUUGUGGUCACAAGGAAAGAAUGUGACUCCUAACAGUGCUAACAAUUUUCAGACACUUUUGUAGAGACUUAGAGCUGUUCUGGAAAGCUUUGGCGCCUCCCCACCACUGGUCAUAAUGAGACUGAGAAGUACAGUAGCGUCCACAGCGGGUUAGGUUCUAGAGCUGCUCACAGUCGUCUAAGACUGGUGUUUCCCAGUUGAGGGAGAAGGGAGAUCCAGACGUGGGAGGCUCUUUUCAGAUCUCACGUAUUCUCCUGGAUUCCAUCAAGCCUCUUGUGAAGAACUUGUCUGAGGUUCGGAUACCCAGCGCUCACUAGAAUCGUCUGGGGAACUUUUAAAAAUGCCUCGGUCCCACUCCUCAGCUUUUGAUCUAAUUAGUGUAGCGGCAGGUCCCAGGAACUACCAUCAAUGUAUUUAAAGCUCUGAAGUGUUUCUAAUUUGCAGAAUUGAGAAGCACUGUGAUACACCUUCCCUUUGCUGAGAACUAUGGCAAGAAUCACUGCCGUGUGAGGUACUCACAAAUGACUCAGAGUCCUCUGUUGCUUUGGAGAGACAAGGAAAAAAAUAAGAGUUACUGAUCAACCUCCCGUUUGUAAUAAGGGGGGGGGGGCCUUUCUGAUGUGAGGAGCUCGGAGCACUGUGUACCUCAGCACUUGCCUGUCUGGUGGGAGCCGGGGGUCUUUAGUUCGCUGGAGCAGUCAGUGUCCCGUGGGGCUUGCCUCCUUCCCACAGCCUCUCCACCAGAGGCCACAGCAGGGCCAGACCCUGGCGGGGAGCAGGGCGGUCACUCUGAGUUAGAAAAUGCUAAAGUAAAACCUCCAGUGGCUUUGAAAACACUGUCCCUGAUUAUGAUAGACCAUGGUCACCUUGCAAUAAUUAUAGUAGCAAACCCUAGGCUGCUGCCCAGUUUCCUGUUAGGAAUAUUUAGCUCACUCUCUACUAUCCCGGUCGUAGUUUCAGGAAUUCUUUUUUCCUUUUUUUAAGUUUAAAAAUGAAUGUGAAGCAUUUUAUUUGGGUUUUUUUUUGGGGGGGGGUGUGGGUACCCUCAGUAUUUUUUUCAUGUAACUAAAAAAAUGAAUAUUGAUCCAAAAAUUUGGCAGUAUGUGUUACCUGUGGAGGCGAAUGAAAUUUAGUUUUAAUCUGUGGUGAGCUGAAUGCACUCCAAAUAUAUUCAAAAUAAGAUGCUGUGCUUCUCAGGUGGUUUCUUCCUGUUAAGCAUGAUGCUGCCUGCAGAAAAAGAAAACACAAUUUACCGGAGUUUUUCAACACUUCAAGGAAUAAGUUAGAAGUAAAAACCCAAGUUGGAAAUGCUCCUUUAGAAAGGCUGCCCUGAGCAGUGAUACCUGUUGUAAUGGUGAGAAUGCAAUAUGAAAUCCCCUAGGUGCUAUUCUAAAUGGUGAGGUGUCAUUAUACCAAAUGGGGAGGCAGUUACCGUGUUUCUGGAGCUGAAGUUCUCUUUGUCGGCCUUUCAAAUAUGCAUUUAUGUUCCCUUUGGUUUUGCUCACCAACUGUGCCUCUCACCACUGGUUAAAAUUGAAUUCAAGCCCCAUUACAAAAGUAGUUUAUUGAUUGAACUCUUAAGUUUUUACAGUGGAAUUUCUAUAGUCGUCUUAAAAGCUGCAUGUCAUAUCACUGUAUAACAAAAUGCUUUGGUGGUGGUCAUGCACCAUUCAUAGUGAUUUGUGUAUAAUUUUCUUUUUUAGUUGUACAGUAAUAUGGAAGGCAGGAUGUCUUUCCUUGAGGCUGGAAACAAAGUGUAUCAUACAUUUUAAAUUAUUUUAGAACAAGUGCAUGAGAUGUGUCACUGACUUCUGUUAUUUAUUUGUAUGUUUUAUUAUUCAAAGUGUAUGCACUUUUAAGAAGCAGAAUUUAUAUUUUUAUGUUUAAAAUGUUUUAUUUCUGGAACAGCAGUUGAUUAUAUAGUAUACAGUUGGAAUUUAAGAGAAAAGUGGAAAAAUGUAAUAAAAUAUAAUAAAUUUAUUACAUGAUGCCCUCUUCAAGCCAUAUUCCUCUUUCUCCCUUGCCAACCUUCAUAUUUUUGGUAUUAACUAACAUUGGAAAUUAAACAGGUACUUGUACUACA